UAUAUUUGUGUGAUUUAGUAUCCGACAAAACCUAGGCGAGCCCUCUUAUUUUCGAUCCCUCUUCUCCCGAUUUCCUCCGGCUAUCUCCGGCUAGCCUGCCUCCUCUUAUCCAGCACAGAGACAGAGGCUGCACCGCCGCGUGCCCGCCUUCGACGGAGGCUGCUGCCACUCGACGUCGCCGCCAAAGCUAAUUUUAUGUCAGACUUUUCCUUCGACGCUGCCUCUAGAUCGUGGCAGUGAUAUAUGCGUAGAGACUUCAUUGACUUUCGAUUGGGGGUGAUAGUAGAACCAGUGGUUUAAAGGAUUAGUUGACGUUGAGCGAUUCAUUCCAGAUCUGUGGGUCUUUCUUGUAUCAGUGUUGUGUGAACAAAGAGUUGUUUGUUGAGGAUGAUUUGGAGUUCAUCGCAUUUGGCCAGGAGACCUGACAUGCGUAGCGUGAAAUAGAACAAUCAGUUUAGAUUUACAAGAGUAAGAUGCUUCGUUUUUGUGCUGGGUUCCAGUUACCACUCAAAAGGUUUCUUCAAUUUGCACCACUUAGGAAUCAUUCAAGGAGAUUGCAUGGAAAUACUCGCAAAAGAUUGGCGUUGCCCCUAACCCAUACCGUGAAGAGGUUUGAGUGUUGCCUGGAAACAUGUACUGAUAUAAGAUUGCUAAGGAAGGUUCAUGCUAGCAUUUUAACUCAUGGACUUGGAGGUAGUAUUUCAAUUGGAUCCAAGCUCUGGAACGUCUAUGCUAACUUUGGUUGCCUUCCUAAAUCUAUACGGAUGUCCCAUACAAUUGCAAGUAAACAGAUCUCUCCUUGGAAUUCAGCUAUCAUUAACUAUUUUAGAUCAGGUCAUUUUGAGGAAGCUCUCCUGUUGUAUCUAAACUUAAAAUCUGAAGGAAUCAACAUUGAUAGUGCUGCUAUUAAUUUCGUCUUAAAAUGUUGCAUUGAGCUCAUGCAUUUACAUUUUGGAAGAUCUAUUCAUGCUGAUGCCUUAAAGACUGGUUUAAAUAGUAAUAUGUUUGUUGGUUCUUCUCUCAUUGGUGUGUACUUUGGAUCUGGAACCAUCAAGGAUGCAGAAGGAGCAUUUGAAGAGAUCUCAGAGAAGGAUGUUGUCACAUAUACAUCUAUGGUUUCUGGCUAUUCCAGAUUCACUGAUUUUAAUGCAUGGAGGGCAUUUGAUAUUGUCACUAAGAUGCACAAUGAAGGACUGGAUGCAAAUAGGGUUACUCUUGUGAGCUUGCUCCAGGCAGCAGCGCAUUUACAAGCACUUAAAGAAGGUCGUUCAAUCCAUUGCUAUGCUUUCAGGAGAGGCAUGGGAUUUUCAGAUGAGGUGUUUCUGACCAGCCUUGUAGAUAUGUAUGCUAAAUGUGGUGCUAGUGCUGCAGCAGCAUGUGCGCUGAGACAAAUGAAGAGAAGAAAUGUUGCUUCAUGGAAUGCACUAAUUGCUGGUCUUAGUCGAUCUGGUCAAAUUUCAGAAUCUUUGAAAUAUUUCAAUCUUAUGCAACAAGACGAUGAUGUUUGUCCAGAUUCUGUCACAUUAGCUAAUGUUCUUUCAGCUUGUUCUAAUUUUAACUUUAAAAAGUACACCACAAGCCUCCAUGCUUACAUUAUGAGAAGAAAUAUUUUUCUUGAUGAAGUUUUGACCACUUCUCUGGUCGAACUGUACUCAAAGUUCAACAAAAUGAUACAAGCCAGAAAACUAUUUGAGAAUAUCAGUUUCAGAGAUGUAGUCUGCUACAAUGUGAUGAUUAAUGGCUAUCUCCAAGAUGGAAAAAUUGAAGACGCCAUUAACAUCUUCAGUGAAAUGAACCAAGCAGGUACAAGACCAAACUCUGCAACAAUGGUGAACUUUUUGUCUGCAUUUACAGAUAUAGAAGAUGAAAGAAAUGGUAAGUGUGUUCAUGGUAUUGCAGUCAGACAUGGCCUUUGGUUAGAUUUAGAUCUUUCCAAUAUGAUUAUGCACAUGUAUGUAAGAUGUGGGCAAAUCAACUCUGCGAGAUUAAUUUUUGAUUUGAUGGGACACAAAGACUUGAUUUCAUGGACAACAAUGAUGCAAGGUUAUGUAAAUUAUGGCCUUGGAGAAGAGGCUGCUGCAUUAUUUGUACAAAUUCAGGGAACAGGUAGCCAGCCUGAUUCACUAACCAUUAUGACUCUACUUCAGGCAUAUGCUCAACUGGGCAAUUUAGAGUCGGUCAAAGCAAUUCAUGGGUAUAUGUACAGAAGCUGUAUGGAAGAAGAUAUUACCACAAUAAAUUCUCUGAUAAUUACAUAUGCAAAGUGCGGGAGGUUAGAUAUUGCAGAAUCUGUGUUUGGUAGCAUCUUCACAGAACCUGGACUGACCUCAUGGAAUACUAUGAUUGCUGCAUAUGGCAUUCAUGGCUACUGCAAAGACGUGCUCAAGAUGUUUGACCAAAUGCAGAGGAAAAAUGUGAAGCCUGAUGCAUUGACAUUCAGUUCAGUGAUUUCAGCAUGUAGCCAUUCUGGUCUGGUUGAAGAGGCUUGGCAUAUCUUCCAUUCCAUGAAAGAUCAUUCGGUUUCUCCACAGGAAGAACACUACAAUUGUAUGAUUGAUUUACUUGGUCGAGCUGGUCAACUUGAAGAAGCAUUUGCUUUGUUGAAGCACUCUCCAAUGAGAGACAAGGCUGCUGGAAUGUGUUCUUUGCUUGCUGCUUGUAAGAACCAUAAGAAUUCAGAAAUAGGAGAGGCUAUUGGAGCCGAGCUCCUAGAACUAGAGCCCCAUAAUUCACGUACAUAUGCUCUAAUGUCGAAUGUAUAUGCUCAGGUGGGUAAGUGGAGCGAAGCUGCAUAUUUAUGGACUAUAGCUAGAAAAAGAGGAUUGUCCAAGGCACCUGGGUACAGUUUUGUUGAAUUGAGCAAAAAUGUCUCUGCAAUUUGAAACCCUUGGAAAAUACCCUGAUUCAGGAUAAAGUUUCAGAUCAGAAUAAUUUAUUUGCUCAAUCGAAACGAAAAGUAUCUCAUGUUCAUUGUCUCGACUCUGGUAAAGCAAGGAAACUAAACCAUUGAAUAUCUAUUGUAUAGAUAUUUGCACAAGGUGGAGAUGGUGUAGGAACUAGAUUUCUUCGAGUACACCCAUUUUGAAUGUUUAAUUUGAAAGAACUUCAAGAACUAGAGCCCCAGAACCAGGUACAUAUGGUUCUCUAUCGGCUACAGGUUACAAUCAGAGAAUCUGGAUCAACAAAGACACCCAAUGUAGAUUAUGAUUAUAAUUAAAAUUACUAAUAUUUUUUAAAUUAACCAGCUCAACAAAAUAAGCUGGUGCAUUGCCUCACUUUUUAGGGUUGUAAAAAUUGAAUUGUUUUUGUUUUACUAGUUCUAGCAAACUUAGUAAAUUUGUACCAAGUUUUAGGAGAUAAGGUUGUUGUAGGGGACAUGAACCCACCAUUGUUUCAUUCAUUGAAGGAUUAAUAAAAUUUUCUCAAAAUUUUUUCUUCUCUCUUGAUGGCUCUAGGCAGGAUACAGUAGCAGCCAGUUCAAACAGCAAAACUAGUAAACCCAAAAUCUCUCUUGAUGCCAUUCCAACCAAAAGAAGCUAAUGGAAUCAAUUAAUUUGAUCAGGGAUGAGGAGUUGUUAGGUCAAGGCCUUGAAUUGAAUGAUGACUUGCAAAAUGUACUUGCAAAACACGAUGCUAUUGCUUCUGGUUCACCUCUGCAAGCUGGUGCAUCUGAGUUGAUUGAAAGGGACCCUGUGGCACCUCAACCUACAAAACCUGAAGUUUCUGAAAUCCCUUCCAAGAACUCCAAUUGUGCCUCAAUCUGCUAGUCAGUAUGAUGAGGAAGAGGAAGACGAAGGCGAUGAUUAUGCUCAGUUAGCUCGCAGGAACUCCAAAGUCAAUCCACCAAAUUCUAGAAGCAACUCCGUUGCAACUAGUGAUCAUUUGGGCUCUCCAACCGGAACUGAUGUUACAGUUUCCUCCAUAGCAGGAAGCAUGGAGGCAUCAUCACCUCCUUCAGCAAGUAAUGCUCCAGCAGUUCCUGAUCCUCCAACUUCAGUUAACACUUUCACCAAAGAACAAGUCAUAAUCAGCCUUUUGAGCAUUACCUUGUCAAACCCAUCACCACCCACACUCCUUUAACUCCUACAACGUCUGAUCAAAAUGUAUCAAUUAUGCUGCUGUCGAUAGCAAUGCCAAUGCCAAUCCAUUUGAACCAACUAUGUUCCAGUAUCCUUCCUGCCCCUGCCAAUGGUGCUGCUGCUACUUAUCCUUCAGUACAGGCUUCAAGGCCUGUGCCCCAGUAUUCUUCAGGCUCUGAAACUAAUACAACACAAUCACAGGUAAAUAGGCUAUCCUCUGCCAAACCUUAUGUUUAUACAAAUAGGUGGUUUGAUGAACUAGACUUGAGAAAUGCCAGCACAGGUCAUAAGACAAACUCCUCAGGUUCUAGCUUAUCUAGCUCGUGAGGAGGCCAAAGCACAAUCAAUGGCAGAAACUAAGCAGCAUUUCUACACUCUUGUUUGGAAAUCUGGGAAGUUCAUGUGCAAACUUAAUUAGGUUUGUUGUGUUGGUGAGAUCCAUUUCAGUGUGAUCAUUGGCCUACAUUUUCAGUGCUGGUCACUCAGCUAAAGCUUUUAUAGAAAAACAGGAACGUAUAUAAGCAGUUGGUUACAUUGGAUUGAAUGAUCAUGUUAUUCUGCAACAAUCUGUGAAUGGUGCAUAUGCUGUUUCUACAGCUUCUAGCUCAAAUGCCUCAAUACUCAUCUUUUUUUAUCUCAUUUCCAAUUUUGAAGCUCAAAUCAGACAACUGGAGGC